CUUGAACAUCUUCACCCAAGACACGGUCUGGUCCUCUAAUUGCAUACUUUCUCUUCCACUCUUAUCCGAAAGUUCCAGAUCUAAUACGCAGCCAUGCCAUUUGAAUACUCUGGCAGUAACAAGCCACCCCUGCCGCCUCCAGGGACGACACAGCCAAUUGCCAUAACAUCGAGUUCUUCCCCAGGAGUUCAUCGCGACGCUGUCCCACCUGUCAAUCCUUCCAGCAGGGGCGUGACGGGACAGCCAUCGACAGCCGAGUCGACAAGUUUUGGAUACAGCAGAGACCCCGGUGCCAAGGCAGGCCAAUUCACAGGUGCUGCUGGCAGUAGCACGUCUACACAGCCGUCUGAAGCCAAAGCCCCAUUGUUUGCAUACAACAGGGGUCCAGGCACGACCACAACCCAGCAGCCAGUGCCGAAGGCUCGCUGAAUUCAUCUAGACCAUCCUCAAU